AUGGUGGUAAAUAAUGAUAACGCGUGGCAAACUGCGUUAUCGAAACCUGGUUAUCUUCUAUCUGAUGACCUGUGCGAAAACAUUGCACUGUUUCUACUUACAACAACCAAGUGCAAACCUGUCAAGCGGGGUGCACCCCGGAAAUUCCACAUUGAUGCCGACAAGUUGCCGGAUGCGGAAUACAUUCUUCAGUGA